AUGUACGAUCGCUGGUUCUCGAGGAUUCCUGGGUGGAUUGGCCAGCACCAUAGCCUCUAUGACCUGGAGCUUAGUGUUCAGGAUGUGUAUGGGGAUGACGUUGGGAUUCUCUCACAGUUGCCCUCCCUUGUCCGCCUCGACUUGCACAUCCAUGGAGUUCCUAAAGACAAGAUCAUCAUCCGUGGAAGAGGAUUCCCUGCUCUCAAGCAUUUUACAGUUGGAUGUUUCAGGAUAUCAUACCUGGCCUUUGAGGCAGGGGCGAUGCCGAAGCUUGAAAGGCUCGAGCUAUGUUUCAAUGCACAGGGAUGGGACAGGUAUGGUGGUGUGCCUGCUGGCAUCGAGUACCUAUCAGGCCUCAAGGAAGUCAUCGGAAACAUCGGGGGCCGAUAUGCAAAGGGAUCCAAUAGAAGGGCUGCAGAGUGCGCGCUCAGGGACGUGGCUGGCCUGCACCCAGGUCACCCUGUAUCCAACAUCAAACUGAUGGGCGGGAGGUAUGUAUUUGAUGGCAAAUACGAUGAGCCCCGGGAAGAAGAGGACGGGAAUAGUAGUGCCUAG